CCCGGGCCUGUCCGCGCUUCAAGGAGGGGCCGCGGCUGCGCCACCGCAGCGUUCAGGCGGGCUGCUCCCCUCCGCGGCCACGGCGGCAGCGUCCGGCAGCGCUGCCCGGCUGCGGGAGCCCCGCUCGGUCGUGGUGGCGGCGCGGGGCCCGGCCGGUCCCGGAGCCCGGCUGUGAGAUGGCGCCGCCGGGCCGGGAGCUGCCGUGGGCUGCCCGCCUCGGCCUCGGCCUCGACCUCGGCCUAACGUCCUGGAGCUGGAGUGGUCGCAGGCAGUUUCCUCAGUUUGUGUAUUUGUCUUAGUUUCCUUUUCCCGCAUCAUUUUUCUCACCUGAGCACAAGAUCAGGGUAGGAGUUCAGUAGUUUGUUUUCUAUAAGUAUUUCUCUGUUUUUUUUUCUUCUGUUUGUUCUGUACACUGCCCCUGGACAGCUAUGAAAUUUCUGUUGGUUUUUGACUUCGACCAUACGAUUGUAGAUGAAAAUAGUGACACCUGGAUUGUGAAGUGUGCUCCUGGGAAGAAGCUUCCUAAUGGAUUGAGAAACUCCUACCAGCCUGGGUACUGGACAGAAUAUAUGGGCAGAGUCUUUGUCUACUUGGGAGACAGCGGUGUCAAAGAAGAGGAGAUGAAAAGGACUAUGACAACGAUCCCUUUCACUGCGGGAAUGGGAGAUCUUCUGCAUUUUAUUGGCGAGAACAAAGAGCUUUUUGACUGCAUAAUUGUUUCAGAUUCUAAUACAGUAUUUAUUGACUGGAUUCUAAAAGCUGCCGACUUCCAUAAGGUGUUUGAUGAAGUGUUUACAAACCCUGCAGCAUUCAGCAGUACUGGCUACCUAACUGUACAGAACUUUCACACUCACCAUUGUCCAAAGUGCCCUAAAAACCUUUGCAAAAGGAAAGUUUUAAAAGAAUUUCUAGAUAAACAGUUGGAGCGAGGAGUAAGUUAUACACAAAUUGUAUAUAUAGGUGAUGGCGGGAAUGACUUAUGUCCGGUAAUGUCUCUGAAGAAGAAUGACAUUGCUAUGCCCAGGCAUGGGUAUACCUUAGAGAAAAGGAUUUCUCAGCUCUCCCAAGAUCACAGUCCUGUAGAGUGUUCUGUUCUGGUUUGGUCAACUGCUGUUGAAAUAGUGUCUUAUCUGAAGCUGCUUAUAAGGGAAUAAGUCAGAUGAUAAAAGGAAACCAAUAUAGUUAUGCCUUUUUCUUUCCAGGAGAGAAACACUGCAUGUGCAUAAAAGCACAAAACUAGAACUGGGAUGCCAUCUGAACCUAUGUUUUAUAAACACGAUAACAAAACUGUGUGUUCGAUUUUGGCAAUAGUGGGAAAGCCAUAUUAAAACGGCUUUCUGGUAUACUACACAUUCCAACAUCAGUGGAAAAGAGGGUGGGAGGGUUGCAGGGGGAAUUGCCAUUAACCUUCUCCCUACCCUGAACCUUUACUGCCUGCAUGUGAGAUCUGUUCCAUGUGCUCAGGGAAAGGAGUGGGAUUAGUGCACAAAAGAAAGAAAUAAUUCUUUACUUAUAAAGAACUUAAUUUCUUAACUUGCCAGGAGCAUGGUUCUGGAAUCAUUGGCUUUGAAUACUAUUUAAUCAGGGUAAAUGUUUAAUUUGUAAAUGACUUGGUAUGCCUCUAAUCUUGUUUGAUCUGAAGAUGCAUUUAUAUUUUUAAUAUACUGAAUAUUUUACCAAGUAAAAUUCCUUUUUAAGAGUUUUAAUUAAAGACAAUAAAAGUUACUAUCAGUGACAAAAGCAACAUACAUGAAUUGCGUAACGUAUUCUGCUGGCCUGUGUGUUGUUAGGCACCUGUUUUUGUCAGGGCCUGGGGAGAGCGAACACAAGUGUAGGUGUCAGUCUUUGGAUACCACUGUUUACAUUGUCAGUCAGACCCCUUCUCUUCUGGAGAACAGUAAGAACGGUGCGGUGCUGUUGACAGGAGAGUCACUCUCCCGUUCCCCUGACUACCACCCUGACCGCGUGCAUAGGGCUGCCCCUGGUUAGAUCUUCACUGCUGCCCACUCGGAGCCAGCUGGGCGCUGUUUCCUCGAUGGGUUUCUGCUGCAGCGCGCAGGCCCAUGGAACGGUGUGUGUGUGCACGUGUUUACACGGUUUUGCCCGUUCACUCUUGUCUACGUGCCCUGCAUAGCCCUCUCACGGGCUGUAAGGGAGCAUCUCUGCCCAUUCUAACUUUUUAUUGGAAUUCACCUGCCCUUUAGUAGUUUCAGGAACCAUCUGUGACCAUGGAGUCUUUCUCACUCACAGCGAGAUGAGCCCUAAGACUUGUGCUAUGCAUACAGAAGUAUGUCUCAUUAAAGUCAUGUGUUUUCAUGCCAAAUGUUUUCUUCAUCUCCCAAAAUAGGUUAUAGUCUGCUAUUGAACUGAUGUCUAUUCUCUACCCUUACGUGCCUUAGUAGCUGAGAAAUUGGUCUAACUUUUGCAGUAGUUCAGUCGCAGGUGUCCAAGAUGUAGUUCAGCAACCUAAAAUUGCUGUAGCUGUCAUCUUCUGUGUUGUCUGUGCAGCACUCUUCUCAUUUUCUUAUGGACACUUGAUGUUGUCAAUACCUUCUUUUUCGAAGUUGAAGGUUUUUAGGGGUGGUCUUCCCUGUUUUGAGGGGAAAUCUUGAAGAUUUCUUUUGAGUACUGCCUUGUACUGGGGUUUAGCCCUUCACCUAUUUUAACUAAUUACAGCAGGUAGCUUUAGCAGUUUGUUAUCUAAGGUGUCCCAAGUAAUAUACUUGACUUCUUAGGGGCACAGCUUUAAUGCUGGAUAGUUGAUAGCUGUCUGAGGUGUUUGUAUUAGAGAUCUUACCUUGUUGGCUCGUGUAAGGGCACAAAGACAGCAUCUAACUGGUGGGCCUCAACAGUUUUAAGUUUUCUGAUUUGCAGGUUGUACAAAAGUGCUAAUGGCUGUUGCAUAGCACAAUAUUGUGUGGUUACUUUUAAAGUUGUGUAUGUCCUUCAUUCUGGAUGUGCCGCUAAGUGUUAACAGGUACUGGUCCAAUCUCUUCUGUGCUCUUCAUAACCUAGCUGCAAAAUAGUUUGCCUUCUGUUUGUCCAGUUAUUGUCCAGAUCUCACUUAAUGCUUAUUUAAAAAGCAAAGAAACAAACAAAAAAGCCCCAAACACCUAGUAAUAUGAAUAAUUAUUCUUUUUUUUCCCACUUACAUUAGGUUUCCUAAUAUUCUUUAGCCGUAGGAACCUUAUCUUGUAAUUUGCUCUAUUGCUGAAUCAUUGAGUAAGACAUUAGUCUCCAUAAUCAAAAAGGAAUUGUUUUUAUUUUUUUGUGAUAGAAUACAGAAGCAGGAGAUGAGAAUAGAUUAAGCAAAGAAAACUAAUUGAAAGAUUAGCUAUUAUGAUUCAAUCACUUCAAGUACAGGGUAGAGCUGAUGCUAUUUGCUGGACAAAGUGUGUGUUAGAGACAGAAGGAGCUUUUCCAUUCCAGUAGGUAAGCCAUUAAGCAAUUAAUGAGGUCUUGUGUUAUUUUUUUCUCCUCUUCUGAAAAUAAAAAAGAAAUCAGUUUUCUGAAGCACCACAAUUACCACAUUUUUCCACAUUUGGGUAUAAGGGAGGGGAGAUGUGUACCUCCAGAUUGUGAAGUCAGCUUCAGCUGAUAACACAACCAAAAGAGAAAAGAAGAAGAUGGAGCAGAUCCUUCAAAGGGUACAUGUUCUGUACUUAGUGUUGCUGACCUGACUUGCUGGGUGGCUAAAACAGCAUGCCCUGGGGGGGGGUGGGGGGUGGAGAUGUCCAGCUUCUGGGGAAAUGUGGUAACUUAGGUAAAGAUGUUAAGGAAUGCAUAAUGGGAGGCUGCUGUGCAUAUGGGAAUUUUUCUGUAUGGUAACAGAUCUGGUACUACACACAAGCUACUGUAAGGAGUACUUAGCUGUAAUACUAUGCCCUGACCUUAUGUGCUAGUAGGGUGGCCAAGAGCUGAGAGAAGUUCAUGCAUAUCCAUAGGAGCUGAUGAAAUGGAAGGUGAAAAAUAGCAGCAAAACAAAGCCGUUGGCUUGGGGGCAUACAAACAGACUUGGGGCCCUACAAGGGAAUGCUCCAGAGAAAAAUAAAGUGGAGUAAUGUAGCUGUGGGAGAGGCCCUGGUGAGGCUACUGCUAAUGCCUGGGUUGCACCACAAAAGUCAUUUCCUGGGCUAACAAUGCAACAAGAGU